AUGGCCUUCAUGGACGACGCGGACGAACUUGUCGAUUGGGACAAGGCCUGUGCCGAUUUCUGCCUCGAGGCCAGCAUCACCCUCCCCAUGAUGGCUCUUUCUCGUUCGACGAUGUCGAUGCCAGAUAUGACCGCUGGCGCACACGAUCAUUGCAUGGGAAUUGGCAACGGGAAUGACUGCAACCUUCAAGCCUUCCAAUAUCCAACCCAAGACGCUGCCUUUCUCGCCGAGGUGGAUGGCCACGUUCCCGCGGACUCGGCCGACCCCCUCACGAUGCCUUUGGAGGACAGCCUCCUCCUCAACCCUGCCUCCUUUCCCCACGACCCCUGGUCCAUCAUGGACGGCCACGCAUGCGCCAUCGGGAAUCAGGACUUGUUGACGGACCCGCUUCUGACGGAAAGUAACUCGCCUGCGCUGGACUUGCUCAAGCUGCUGACGACCAACUCGACACACGAGGGUGACGUCCUGGCACCUAGGCUGGCGCCUCCUCCAAAGAUAGGCGCCCGCUUCUCUCGGGAAUCCGUUCGGUUGUUGAAAAACUGGCUGCUUUCGCAUAGCCGCCAUCCCUUCCCGAGUGACGAGGAGAAAGAGGCCCUCCAGCGGCAGACAGGCUUGAACAAGACGCAGAUUUCAAAUUGGCUGGCCAAUGCCCGCCGUCGCGGCAAAGUUCAGGCUCCUCGAUCUACCUCACCCCAGGUGGCCACUUUCUCCAGCUCCAAGGAAAUCCCCCAGAGGAGGGCCACUCCUGCCCUAGAGGCAAUGAAUCCGCUGCAGCGCUGGGAGCAUUCCCCUCCGGAGCAUGAACCGGCAUCCGUGACGGCCAUUGCACAGGCUGUUACCGCGUCUUCGUCCUCGUCGUCGGCCUGGUCUUUCGGGCUGAGCAGCCCUUACAGCUUGAACAAUACAGAUGACGGCUCCAGUAGGUCGAUUUGCAACCAGUCCUCCAACAGCUCCUUGGCCACAUCGCACUCCAGCAGCAGGACAAAAGGCUCCGCCUAUUCUCACGAGUCACGCAACUCCUGGGGGUCCUUCGGCUCCGCCCCCUUUACCGCCACGGGACGACGCCGGCGCAGAAGAAAGGCUACCCCGAAGCACGCGAGCGAAGGCACCACCUCCCUGGCCGUGCCCCUCAAGACCUUCCAGUGUACUUUCUGUACCGAGACGUUCAGGACAAAGCACGACUGGCAGCGGCACGAAAAGUCGCUGCACCUAUCUCUCGAGCGAUGGGUCUGUGCCCCCGAGGCCCCCCGGGCCAUCAACCCCAAGACCGGCCACCUGUCCUGCGUUUUCUGUGGGCAGGACAACCCGUACGACGACCAUCUGGAAACCCACAACCGGUCUGCAUGUCAGGAGCGGACUCUGGUGGAGAAGACAUUUUACCGGAAAGAUCACUUGAACCAGCACCUACGCCUCGUCCAUAACGUCAAGUUUAUGGACUGGUCCAUGAAGGGAUGGAAAGUGGCCAUGCCUGAAAUCCGAUCCCGAUGCGGCUUUUGCGGCAUCGUUAUGGAUAGUUGGACCACCCGGGUCGACCACUUGGCCGACCAUUUCAAGUCUGGAUUUUCCAUGGCUGAUUGGAAGGGUGACUGGGGCUUCGACGCGGCCGUGCUGGACAUGGUUGAGAACUCUAUACCUCCCUAUCUCAUCCAUCACGAACGUAUAUCUCCCCUCCCCUACGUGGCGAACCGGUCGCCGCCUGCGUCGCCUCGCAGCGCGUACGAGCUCAUCAAGCUGGAAUUGGCCUACUUUGGCGCCAACCACUGGGAGCAGCACGAACGAGCGCCGACGGACGAGGAGAUGCAGCUGGAAGGGUGCCGCGUCAUCUUUGCAUCCGAGUUGCUCUCUCUGCAAGGGAUUGCCACGCAGCACUCGUGGCUUCGCGACUUGAUCAUGAGCGCCGUGGAAGUAGCGCAACGGGCCAGGUUUGGCCCCCUUCGUGGCGCCGCGGAGAGCAGGUUGGCGACGCUGAAGAUUAACGGCAAGGAUAACCCGUUCGAGGAGUGCCCGAUGGAAAUUCAGCUGCAGGACUUUGUCAAGGCCAAGAGGCUGCUGGGCUUGACGCCCAUGGAUGACGAGCUUCAGCAGGAGGCGUGCAAGAUUGUCGGACGGGUGGAGGAGGUCUGCACACACCCCUCCGACAUCGUUGCGAAUUGGCUGCUGCGGCUCAUAAAGUCCUCGACCGGCUGGCUCGCGUCUUUCCGCCGGCGUGCACAGCUGCCGCGGACAGAAGACAUCCAGCAUCACGCUGUGAGGUCGACGGACCCAAAGUCGAUCGACUCCACCAUACACAGCUACUCGCGACUCGAGCGCGAGCUGACCGAUUUUUUGAAGCUCCAGCGCACACUGGGCAUCGAGCCUUCCGACGAUGAUCUACAGCGGCAAGCGCGCAUCAUCGUCUUCGAGUUUGAUGACGGCUGGAACCAAACCGCGGCCGACAACAUCCCAUGGCUCGAGGCUUUCAAGGCGCGCCACCCCCCGGAGGAAUGCUCAUCGUCGACGACUGGGGUGUCGCAGCUCGCCCAAUCUCCCUUGCAGACGACGACGCCGAUGGAGCGGAAUGACCUUUGGGCAUAUGCCGGCCUGAAUCACGCCAAGCCAUUCUUCCUCAACGAUGCCAACUGCUACCGCAGGCUGGCAAGAGAGCUGCGUCGCUGGGUGACGACGGUCAUGUCGCCAAACAACCCCAACAAUCACAUUCCGACAGACGAGGAGCUACAAUACCAAGCACGUUGGAUCCUCUACGACGACGAUGAUCCUUGGAACCAGACGGCGGCGGACAAUGCAGAGUGGCUGCAGCGCUUCAAGCGCGAUGUCGGCAUUUUGAAAGAGCCCGGUCCUGGUCUUCCAAAGGGCUAUGCCUGGGCUCUCGAGCAAGGCGGUUCAGGGGUUGCUCCGCCGUACGCUUUGCCGAAGGGGGACGUCGGCCAGUUCGACGACAACAACGUCCAAGUCAGCAUGCGACAGGGAGCGAAGGCGUUCACGGCCAAACAGUCGGCGGCCAACAGUUAUCCCCAGCGACUCGCGUCACAUAAUUAUAAUUACCGAAGUGCAAACGUCUUCUGCUCCCUCGAGCUCGAACGCGGACUCGUGGCCUUUGUGGAGGAGCAGGUGGCUGCGACGGGAUACAUGCCACCAGACGUGGCGAUCCGAGCCAAAGCGAAGCAGAUUGCGCACUCCCCCAAGACGGCAGCCGACGACGCGAUGCUUAUGAAGCUGUUCAAAGAGUGGAUGCGGGAAAGGCUCCCCUACGCCUUGACGGCGGAUGGUGAAGAAGCCGCGGCGGUUUCUACGGUGCCGGCCAAGAUGGAAACGGAUAUAUCGGAGACGCAUUUCGAUUUUGAAGACCUGGCUUUUGACUCGACGGCGGGAAUGGACUCGUGCCUGGACGGCGGGCAGAUUGAAGCAUGGCCGUCGCCGUAA